GUUAAAAAAGGAGGCGUAGCGUUAUUGCAAAUGUGUUUCUUAUUGCAUAGAUUGCAUAUCAUAAAAACUGUGUCGAAGAAGUGUUGAAAAAUUUAAACUGACCUAAACAAAUACAGGUUUUGAGACAAGAGGAUACAACUGUGAUACAAGUUAUUCCCAAAUAAUCUGUGCAAAUAAUCAAGAACAAUCCCGUAGACAAAAGAACUGUUCUUUUCUUGAAAUACCCUCCAAAAAUUAAGUACCGAAUACUUAUGGUUAAUAGUAGGUCAAAGAAACGAAUAAAAUAUUAUUUCGUAUUUUGAAUAGUUCCAAAUAUUCAACAUGAUGGUAGAAGACAUUUUUCAGAUAAUUCCAAGUGACUGGCAACGAACCAAUUAUUAUGACAAACCGUUUGUAUUGACUCCUAUAAACAAUCCCUAUUCACAAGAAUACAUAGAGCUGAAGGCCAGACUGCAAGGAAACUAUUUCCACGUAAUAACAGGAAUGUACAAAAUCGAAAACCCCAUGACGUAUGCUAGGUAUUGGAACACAAAACAAAGAUACGAGCAAAAGGGAAAUACUAGGGUAUUAUCUUUAUAUCAUGAUACUGCUCUAGCUAAUUGUGAUUCAAUAUGUCACUGGAAUUUUGAUUGGAGACUAGGUCAAAGAUUUAAGUAUGGACAAGGGGUAUAUUUUUCACUAUAUCCAGAUGUUGCAGCAAAACGUAGUUCACCACAAAAUGGAAUUUAUAGAGCUAUGUUUGUAGUCGAUGUUUUAGUACAAAACGUCCUCAGAGCAACCAGGAGAGACAACAUUUUUCUUCCUACUCCAGAGUUUGAUACGGUUGUAGCCAGUGACAGUAUGACUUACGUAAAAUAUUUUGAAUCUGAAUUUUAUCCAAAAUACUUUGCAACAUAUGAAGUGGCCCUAUAGAACAUCUCAUUAAUUCAUACUGUUAUAUUUUACUUUAAUUUUGAUUUGUUAUUGUAAUCAAUUUUUUCCACAUUUUUCUUGUUUGUUCAUGAUCAAUCUUUUUCACAUUUGUUUAUUUGUGAUACCUAUUUUUUUAUGAAGUUUUUAUUGAUUUUACCUAAGUGCGUAUUGUGAAUAAGAUUAAUAUUUAGGAUAUAACUAUAUUAAGGAUUUAAAAUAUUAGUUUACGAAUGGUUUUGUACCUGAUAAAUAUAUAUAGCAAAUUUGCUACAUUUGAAUCAUCCGUGCCCUAGUGUUAAGAAGAGCUCAAAAAUGUUUAGACAUUUAUUUUUUUAAGGACAAUAAAUAUAUUCUACCGACAA